GCCAGGGAGCCACAGAAGAGGGACCUGAGGACUCGCCCCUGCCAGCCACUCCCAUACCCUCCAGUAUAAGAGUCACCUACCACCUGCCAUCUACCACCAUUUCCCUCUCCUACAGCUCUUCUCACAGGACGCAUCACCAGCUCAGCCUCUCAAGAUGGCUUAUGUCCCUGCACCAGGCUAUCAGCCCACCUACAACCCGACGCUGCCCUACCACAGGCCCAUCCCCGGUGGGCUCAGCGUGGGAAUGUCCGUGUACAUCCAAGGAGUGGCCAGUGAGCACAUGAAGAGGUUCUUCGUGAACUUCCUGGUGGGGCAGGACCCAGGGGCAGACAUCGCCUUCCACUUCAAUCCUCGCUUUGAUGGCUGGGACAAGGUGGUCUUCAACACGAUGCAGGGCGGCAAGUGGGGCAGCGAGGAGAGGAAAAGGAGCAUGCCCUUCCACAAGGGCGCCGCCUUCGAGCUGGUGAUCAUGGUCAUGGCUGAGCACUACAAGGUGGUGGUGAAUGGAGCUCCCUUCUAUGAGUACGGGCACCGGCUGCCCCUGCAGAUGGUCACCCACCUGCAGGUGGAUGGGGACCUGCAGCUGCAGUCGAUCAACUUCAUUGGAGGCCAGCCACCCCCCAACCAGAGACCCAUGCAUAACCCGCCUUUCCCUGGGCCUGGACAUUGCCAUCAACAGCUGAACAGCCUGCCAACCAUGGAGGGACCUCCAACCUUCAACCCGCCUGUGCCAUUUAAUGGGAGGCUGCAAGGGGGACUCACAGCCCGGAGAACCAUCAUCAUUAAGGGCUACGUGCCCCCAACAGGCAACAGCUUCACAAUCAACUUCAAGGUGGGAUCCUCAGGGGACAUAGCCCUGCACAUCAAUCCCCGCAUGGGUGAGGGUGCCGUGGUUCGGAACAGCUUUCUGAAUGGCUCGUGGGGCUCCGAGGAGAGGAAGAUCCCCAGCAACCCAUUUGGCCCUGGACAGUUCUUUGACCUGUCCAUUCGCUGUGGCGUAGAUCGCUUCAAGGUUUAUGUCAAUGGCCAACAUCUCUUUGACUUUUCCCAUCGCCUCUCUGCCUUCCAGAGGGUGGAUAUGGUGGAAAUCCAGGGUGAUGUCACCUUGUCCUAUGUCCAGAUCUGAUCUAUUCCCAGGGCCAUAACUAUCAGGAAACAGAAGGAUUUCCUAGGAGUCCCUUCUAAGCCCCUAAUAAAAUGCCUGCGGCUGUCUCA